AUGGGUGCGAGAAUGUUUCAGCCGUCAUCAGGACGUAAUAAUUUCGAUGCAGUAUCUGAAGAACGAAAGACUACCAACAACAAAGAGCUAUCUCCAAAAACAAUUAAACAAACCCAAAAUGUUACUGAAUCACAAAAUAGAACAGAAAUUGAAGCAAAAACAAAAGAUGCUAUCAAAAAUGCUACAAAAUCUCCAUUACCAACAUGA